CCGCUUGCCGUGUUUUGUGCUGUGUUUAGCUUCUCAAGCUAGCGGUUACUUAUAAUAUCGACUAUUUGGAGGAGAGUUUUUGCCGUUUACGUUAACAAAUGUGACGUGCGACAAACUAACAGGACAUAGAAAGACAACAAAAAAAAAAACGAGUUGGGCGCUACCUCUAGCUAACGAAAAGUGCUACGAGUUAGCAUCGAAACAAAUACGUUUCGUGGAUGUUUACUUAAUAAAUCCAUAACAAUGACAGACUGCUGGAACACAGAUACUGGGGAAGCUGUGUAUCGGUCCCGGGAUGCUGUCAAAAACCUGAGAAUAAAGGUGCGUAUAGAGAGGGUGACCUCCACCGCAGCCCUCUCUCAGCACCUCCAGCAGCAGGUUCUGUCCCAGCAGGACAGAGGAGACAUUGAGCUGGAGACCCUCACAUCACAAGGCCAGACAGGUGAUAAUGAUGAGGAGCUGAUUGUGGGCUGGCAGGAGAAACUCUUCAGUCAGUAUGAGAUGGAGCUAUUUCAGAACGAGGCGGCAUGUCAGACCCCUCUGGACCGUCAGUACCACGCAGAAGUCAAGGCCCUCAACAGGACCAAGGGGCGACGUAAUCACAGGAUUUUCACGUACACUGAUCACGACCGCUACACCAACUGUCUUCCAUUGCACCAAAUGCAGUCCAGUGACUUGUUGACUACAACCAAAUCCAGCCCAACCUUCUUGGCUGAAAGGAUGGCCAGCGUGAGACACAGACGACAAGAGAGACGUACCAUGGAUUGUAAUAUCCCCAAGACCAAAAUCAUCAACUGGGAGCCCACAGAGGAGUUUAUGAAGAACAGUCAUGUGGUGAAUAAUGCCAUGCAGACCAUGCACAUCAUGGGAGACCUGGGUCCCAAUGGAAGGCUGGGCCAGAAAGAGAACGAGUGUUUGCUGGUAACUAUAAAAACAGAUGGCAAUGGAACGGUCAUCGCAAAACCUGAUUUCAACAGAGGCAAAGAGCCCUACAGGAUCGUGACAGAGGGGGAGAAGAGAGAAGUCUGGCGUCUUACUGUGGAGAAUAUAUCCACAGCCAUGAAGCCAGAAGAAAAGGACAGGGAGCAGAACAUGUACAAAGAUCUGUAUGUAAGGCACAAGGAGUACCUCAAUAGCCUCGUUGGACAGGACUUUGAAAUGCCUCCUGCAGGUAUUCUGCGUUACCUCAUGAACGGAGAGAUAGUCUCAGCUAAAGGCUUUGAAUAUGAUAACUUAUACAUCCACUUCUUCAUGGAACUGCCCAAUAAUUGGUCCAGCUUGCCUUUCCAGUCUCUGUCAGGGGUUACCCAGACCUGCCGGACCAAAACAUCAGGGAAGGAAAACGUAGCUUUCUUCAGUUACCCCUUCAACUUCGAGGCUUUCUACAUGAGUGAAAAAGAAAGUGAAGAAUCAAUACUCCAGUGGCCAGUGCUGUACUUCAAGGUUCUUUCUCUGGAUUCCUGGCAGCGCUAUCGAACUGAAGGCUACGGCUAUCUGCUUUUUCCUGCCAUGCCUGGUAAACACACAGUGACGUGCCACACAUGGAGACCACUCCAGACAGGGACAGUCUCUGCACUGAGGCGUUUCUUUAUCGGAGGUUCUCCAGAGCUUGAAGACCACAGCUACGUCCGAAUACCAGGAACCUUCAAGGGAGAGAGGUUGAGUCGGUUUGGCUUUUGCACUGAAACCACAGGAAGUGUCACCUUUAAUCUACACUGCAUCCAGCAAGCCAGGUCCUUUGUUGAUGCUGCUCUGUUGAAGAAGAGGAGACAGAAAGUUUUUGACCAGCUCGGAGGAUUCAGUCAACAAGGAGCAGUUUGCACCAUCCUGGAGGCCUUCCAGCGAGCCAGGAAAAAUAUGCAAGAGGCCCGAGAAAGUCUUCCAAGAGACCUAAUCAGCGCCACUUCCCAACUCCAACUUGAAUCCUCUGCAUAGGUGUGAAGAACAGUGCUGGACUGUCAUUCUGUCAGAUACACAUAAAAAGGUCAAAUAGCCACUCUUUUGAGGCUUUGAACAAUCAGUAAGUUUGAAAUUAGGAGUGUGAUAUAACAUAACCUGCUUUAUUCUGUGUAUGUACAGCUAACAUGCAGGAUGCUUGGAGGAGUCAUAAUUCAGUUAAAAUAUGAAUUUAUGUGGUAAUUGUUACGGAGUAAAGCCAAUAUGCCUACUAAGUAUGGUUUCACCUGGCAGUGUAUUCUAUGUGCAGUGAGUAUUUUGAAAACUGAUAUAACAGAAAGUACAUCUUUUUUUCUUUUUAAAAUUUUGAUUGUAUGAGUUAUUUUAGACAUUAGAAUAAUAUUGGCUGUAAUAUAAACCUUUUAUAUGCAAUA